GCCAAAGCUUUAACGCCGUCAAAGGGCCUCUCUGACUCUCUCCCCAAUCCCCAUCUAUAUAAUCUACGGCUCGGUCAUUUCCUUCUCCUCGUUCUCCGUCUCCUGAGGCAGCUUCACAAGAUCUGCCCUAUAGCCUAUCUGAGUUGAAAAGAUGGGGCUGUCUUUUGCCAAGCUUUUCAGCCGGCUUUUUGCCAAGAAAGAGAUGCGAAUUCUGAUGGUAGGUCUUGAUGCUGCGGGUAAGACCACCAUCUUGUACAAGCUCAAGUUGGGAGAGAUUGUCACUACGAUUCCUACAAUCGGAUUCAACGUUGAGACCGUGGAAUAUAAGAACAUAAGCUUCACAGUUUGGGAUGUUGGGGGUCAGGAUAAGAUUCGUCCCUUGUGGAGACACUACUUCCAAAAUACUCAAGGUCUUAUUUUUGUCGUUGAUAGCAAUGAUCGUGAUCGUGUAGUUGAGGCUAGGGAUGAACUGCAUCGAAUGUUGAAUGAGGAUGAGUUGAGAGAUGCUGUGCUGCUUGUGUUUGCAAACAAACAAGAUCUUCCAAAUGCCAUGAAUGCUGCAGAGAUUACUGACAAGCUUGGCCUUCAUUCACUCCGUCAACGCCACUGGUAUAUACAGAGCACCUGUGCCACAUCUGGUGAGGGACUUUAUGAGGGACUGGACUGGCUCUCCAACAAUAUUGCUAACAAGUCAUAAUGGACUUUUUUGGGCAGCAACUUGCGGCAAAAUUUGAUUCAACUUUAGGCUAUGUGGUGUUCUGGAUUUCUUUCUUUUAACCCUGUUAAUUGUCGUGUGAAUUGUAUCUUGUCUUUAUAUUAUUAUAGCCUUAUAGGAGUUGGGGUGUUUGUCCAUGUAGAUCCCGAAUGUUUGAUGGUUUCCAUACGAUUAUUCGUGUAUUGCCCUGUAUCAAUCUUGGGGAGACAGAUGCAGACGUGAUCAUAAUCUCUCUGCUUUGUAGUACAUGAUGUUGAAAGACUUCAUAAUUACGUUAUAAGCGUUGUUGCAGUCAGUGAGAGCAUUCUUCAAUGCUCCUGCUUUUGUGCCC